AUGGCCGAAGGAAUCGGCCUCGUCAACGAGGAGAACCAUGGCCACUGGAGCAUAGACUCGACAACUCGCAACGCUCGCAGCGGUCAGUUGCGUUUUGUCGGUCUCCAGGGAACCCAUCUCUCUCAGUCAUCCAGUGUCGAAGACAAUCCACCAGAGAGUUUCCACCGCCUUCAGGACGGUACCGAAGACGAAGACCGUCUGGCAGUUCUUCGUUCUGGUCGUGGUCCGGUGGAUGACGGGGCAGGCGAUGACCCGGCGGGCGAGACGGGCGGCGGCCCGGCGGGCGAGAUAGGCGGCGGCCCGACGGGCGACGGGACAGGCGGCGACACGGCGGGUGGCGAGGCAGACGGCCACCCGGCGAGCGACGAAGCAGACGGUGGCCCGGCGGGCGACAGAGCAGACGGUGGCCCGGCAUACGACGGGGCGGGCCGCAACCCGGCCGACGACGUGGCAGGCGGUGACCCGGCGGGUGAGACGGGCGGCGGCCCGACGGGCGACGGGACAGGCGGCGACACGGCGGGUGGCGAGGCAGACGGCCACCCGGCGAGCGACGAAGCAGACGGUGGCCCGGCGGGCGACAGAGCAGACGGUGGCCCGGCGUACGACGGGGCGGGCCGCAGUCCGGCCGACGACGGGGCAGGCGGUGACCCGGCGGGCGAGAUAGGCGGCGGCCCGCCGGGCGACGGAACAGGCGGCGACACGGCGGGCGGCGAGGCAGACGGCCACCCGGCGAGCGACGAAGCAGACGGUGGCUCGGCGGGCGACAGAGCAGACGGUGGCUCGGCGGGCGACAGAGCAGGCGACGGCAGGGCAGGCCCGGCGGGCGACGAAGCAGACAACGAGUCUCCGAUCGAGCACCAGCUCCAGGUCGCCUCCGGGCGCGUGAAGCGGACCCGCUCUGACGGAGCUGUGAACCUUCCGCACCUCCCUCCCGUCGGCCUGGAUUCCGUGUAA